CCAAACGCACGCGACAUAUACGUGAACUCUCACCUAAUUAACAGUGCGAUUUUAAUUGAAUUUAUUCAUACGUAUAAACUAACAUCUAUUUAAAUACAGUUAAACGUCUAAUAAGUUCGAUGUAUUACAAUAUUAAAUUUUCAUUGUGAUAAACUGUGCGAUUUAGUUUAAGAUCAAGUUUUAAGAAGCAAAAACGAUGAGAUCCCGAAAUAAGGAUCCAGUGUUGCCAACAUGAAAUUUAAAAUUUUCACUGGUGAAGAUUGCAGGAUGUUUCUGAAGUCUUCGGUCACUAUAGUUUUUUCACUGAUACUCCUGUCUAAUAUGGCGAGUUCUCGCGACAACAUCCUGCCAUCGCAUUUCAAGCUAAACUCGGCUCUAACGUGUCGUCUAGUCGGAGGACUGACCAGGGAACAGAGAGCUGUCUGCAACGAGGAACCAGAUGCUGCUGCGAUCGCGUUCGAGGGUCUACAAAUGGCGGUCAAGGAAUGUCAACACCAGUUCCGGUGGCAUCGAUGGAACUGCUCUAGUCUGAUCGCUAAGAGCACUAAUCCUCAUGCUAGCGCUAUUAUGAAGAGAGGUUUUCGUGAAUCGGCGUACCUUUACGCCCUAACAUCAGCAGGGGUAGCGCACGCCAUCGCCAGGGCGUGUGCCCAGGGCCGGCUUCUGUCGUGUGGUUGCGAUUCCUUAGGGUAUCGCACCUCACACGAUCCCAGAGGAAGAACAAGGGCAAACAAAUGGGAAUGGAGCGGUUGCUCCCAUAAUCUGGCAUACGGCAUAGAGUUCACGAAAAAGUUUCUAGAUGUCAGAGAACAGGUGGACGAUCUGCAGUCCAAGAUUAAUGUGCACAAUAAUAACGCAGGGAGAACGAUCCUUUCAUCGCACAUGGAAGUGCGAUGCAAGUGUCACGGGCUGUCGGGCAGCUGUCAGCUGAGGACCUGCUGGCGCGCUACCCCAGAUUUCCGGGUCGUCGCCUCUACUAUCAAAAGACAAUAUCGGAAAGCACUUCUGGUGGCACAAGAAGAGCUAAACAACGGUAUGUCAGUACUAAGAGGAAGACCGCGUGGUAAGAGGCGGAGUCGAGCGAAACCAGCGCCAAAAACCAGCCUACUGUUCUUUGAAAAAUCACCAAGUUUCUGCGACGCAGACCCACGUAUGGACUCUUCGGGCACAUCUGGCAGAGUUUGCAGGAUCGGGCGCACGUCCCGCACGGGUUCCUGUGACCUGCUCUGCUGCGGACGAGGUCACGCCCUAAUACGCAGGUCCAGCAUCAAACCCUGCAACUGCACCUUUCACUGGUGCUGCAGAGUCGACUGUGAGAAGUGCCACGACGAUAAAUGGGUUGCCAUGUGCAAAUAA